AUGGUUGUAAUUGUGGCCGGAGAUACUGGCAUGAUGAGCAAUUCGGCAGUCCAGAAUCGAUUGGAUCCAAAAACUAACGUCGUUACGUUACGGGUACGCAUCACAACAUGUCUCACAACAGACAUCGCACGCCAGCUAGGGGCUAUCAUCGGACUCUUCACAUCGCCUCGAGAAUUAGCAAUCAUUAGAUUAAAAAUCAGUUGCGUAGGUUUCAGACUGGCAUUCGAACGUACUACGGAUAGAGGUUGA